AUGGCCGAUUACUCCAUGUACCACGCCCUCGGUCAAGGCGAGAACCUUGACCCAAACGACCCGAAUCGCACGAGCCAGCCGGCGCCUCCCCAGUUUCACCCCCCGGUCGCUCCAAAUCCAUAUCAGUACGGGUCCCCCCAACCCGGCGCUUACUACCAGGGACAACCGCCUACACCAGAGGAUGCGGGGCUGGCCGCGCAGAUGGGUGGCAUGAGCCUCGGCGCCGAGGCAGCCCACAGUACCGGCAGGAAGAAGAAGAAGGAUCGUCACGCAUUUCACCAGGUUGGGGCGCCCGCGGGUUCGUCCCAGGCCUUCAAUGGAAUGCCUCCGGCAGGGACACCAGCCACCCCAUACCUGAACGCCGACCCUUCGGCCGCCGCUUCUCGGUACGGGCCCGGGCUAAGCCCGCAGAUGAACCAGUUCCCGGCGCCAGUGAGCCCCGGCUUUAUGGCUGCUCCCGCCUCCCCUGCCGAGUUUGCUGCCCGGAGCGGCUUUGCCGAUGCUGCACCCUCGCCGAACAUGGUCCCCACCGCCGGACAGACAAGGGUGUCACCAGACGAGAUGCCGAGCGUGCCCCUCUCACGGGACUCUGUACAGCAGUACUUCUUCAGCAAUGUAUACCCGACGUUUGAGCGCCUGGUGCCUCCCCCAGCCACGGUCUCUUUCGUCGCGUUCGACCAGGGGAACGCUUCACCCAAGUUUGCCCGCCUCACCAUGAACAAUAUCCCUGCCACCGCCGACGGACUAAAGAGUACAGGCCUGCCCCUCGGUCUCGUUCUCCAACCCAUGGCCCCUCUCCAGGCUGGCGAGCUCGAGAUUCCCGUGCUAGACUUCGGUGACGUUGGCCCGCCUCGCUGCCACAGAUGCCGCGCCUACAUCAACCCCUUCAUGAUGUUCCGCUCAGGAGGCAACAAGUUCGUCUGCAACCUCUGCGGCUAUGCAAACGACACGCCGCCGGAGUAUUUCUGCGCCACCAGCCCACAAGGCGUCCGUGUGGACCGCGACCAGCGGCCAGAGCUCACGCGGGGUACGGUCGAGUUUGUAGUACCCAAGGAGUACUGGACCCGGGAGCCGGUCGGGCUGCGCUAUCUAUUCUUGAUUGACGUAACACAAGAAUCGUUCAACAAGGGAUUUCUCGAAUCAUUCUGCGACGGCAUCCUGCGCGCCCUAUACGGCGCCGAGGACAACGAGGAGAGAGACGAGAACGGCGAGGUCAAGCGGAGGAUACCGGCAGGCGCCCAGGUCGGCUUCGUGACGUAUGACAAGGAGGUCCACUUCUACAAUGUCAGCCCGGCGCUGGAGCAGGCGCAGAUGAUGAUCAUGCCCGAUGUCGAAGACCCCUUUGUGCCGCUUAGCGGGGGCUUGUUCGUGGACCCCUACGAAUCCAAGGCGGUCAUCAGCUCGCUGCUUACUCGCCUACCGCAAAUGUUCUCGACCAUUAAAAACCCAGAGCCGGCGCUUCUAUCGACCAUGAACGCCGCAGUCGCUGCGCUGGAAAAGACUGGCGGCAAGAUCUUCUGCUCCCUCUCGGCGCUCCCUACCUGGGGUCCAGGCCGCCUGUUCAUGAGGGACGACGGCAAGCAUCCGGGUGGCGAGCCGGACAAGAAAUUGUUCAGCACCGAGCACCCCGCCUGGAGGAAGGUCGCCGAGAAGAUGGUCUCGGUCGGUGUUGGCGUCGACUUUUUCAUGGCUGCUCCGUCGGGCGGCUACCUGGAUAUUGCGACAGUUGGCUACGUUUCCGCCACCACCGGCGGCGAGACCUUCUACUACCCCAAUUUCAUCGCCCCACGAGACAACACUAGGCUGUCGCUGGAAAUCAAGCAUGCGGUGACCCGCGAAACGGGUUACCAGGCGCUUAUGAAGGUCAGAUGCUCCAAUGGCCUGCAGGUGUCGGGCUAUCACGGCAACUUCAUCCAGCACACCUUUGGCGCCGACCUCGAGAUCGGCGUCAUCGAUGCCGACAAGGCCAUCGGCGUGACCUUUGGCUACGACGGCAAGCUCGACUCGAAGCUCGACGCGCACUUCCAGGCCGCGCUGCUCUACACCUCGGCAUCAGGCCAGCGCAGGGUCAGGUGCAUCAACGUGAUCGCCGGCGUCAGCGAGAACGCGCGCGAGAGCAUCAAGUUCAUUGACCAGGACGCCGUCUACACCACCCUUGCCAAGGAGGCCUCCACCAAGCUCGCCACCACGUCAGCAACCCUCAAGGACGUCCGCCUCGGCCUGACAGAACACACGAUUGACGUGCUGGCCAACUACCGCAAGCACUUCCUGUCGCAGGCGCACCCGCCGGGCCAGCUUGUCAUGCCGGAACGACUAAAGGAAUUUGCCAUGUACAUGCUCGGCCUGCUGAAAUGCCGCGCCUUCAAGGGCGGCUCCGAAACCACGGACCGGCGCGUCCACGAGAUGCGCCUCAUCCGCUCCAUGGGCUGCCUCGAGCUCAGUCUGUACCUCUACCCGCGCAUGAUCCCCCUCCACAACCUCCAGCCCGACGACGGGUUCCCGGAUCCGCAGACGGGCCACCUCCGCAUGCCGCCGUCGGUGCGCGCAAGUUUUGCCCGCGUUGAGCCGGGUGGUGUGUAUUUGAUCGAUAACGGGCAGACGACGCUGCUGUGGAUGCACGCGCAAACGUCGCCGAAUCUGAUCCAGGAUCUGUUUGGCGAGGACAAGGAUAGUCUGCAGAGCCUGGACGCGUAUACCUCGGGCCUACCGGUGCUGCAGACGCACCUGAAUGCGCAGGUGCGGAAUAUUGUCGAGUUCUUGCGCACCAUGCGCGGGUCCAAGGGGUUGACGAUCCAGCUCGCGCGGCAGGGGAUCGAUGGAGCCGAGUAUGAGUUUGCGAGGAUGUUGGUGGAGGAUAGGAAUAAUGAGGCGCAGAGUUAUGUGGAUUGGUUGGUCCAUGUGCAUAAGGGGGUGCAGUUGGAGGUGAGAUGA